AUGUACGCAACGGUUUUCAGGAAGGCUCCUGCAAAUUUACUUUCAAAAAACACCUUUCUUCCGUUGGAAGUAUUAACCAAGAUUCAAUUAGGCAUUUUUCCUCCUCUCAGCGUCCAGCGCGCCUUUUUACUGGAACACUGUAGUGCACAGCUUCAGCAGCGAGGCAUCACAGAAGCAAAGCUCCUCGCAAUGGAUGGUAGGCUAUGCACCCAGUUUCUCAAGCAGUUAGUCUAUGAACGGUAUCUAUCCAUUCCGUUCCGUGUGUACACUUUUGACAUGGAAUUUACUGGACUGCCGGUGUUUACGCAAGAUGGACCUACAGAAGACAUUACAGAGUUAGGUCUGUACUCUCCCUCACGAGAUAAUAUAUUUUCAUGUUUAGUACGACCCGUAUGUGGCCGCAAGCAAAGUCCUGAAGUUGCUGAACUCACACACAUCACGGAUAAAAUGCUAGAGGAAGAGGGACUUCCUUUCCCCGAAGCUUGGUCACGUUUUUUGAACUUUGUUAACACCCCUGAACCAAAUGAAAAGGCUGGAUCAGAGGAAUGCAUCCUGCUGCUCUCGCAUGGUGGUAAGCUCGCCGAUAUCUCGUUUAUUAAAUGGACUUUGGAAAAAUUUAAACUUGAGCUUCCAUCAAGUUUUGUGUUUGGUGACACUAUUCAUCUUAUUCGUGAUGCGCAUAGGUGCCGGCCUGUAACGGUGGAUAAGCAUCCACCUUCGUGGAAGCUGGCUGAUCUGGUGCAGUGGUUGAAGAUUCCACCCACCUUGCCGGUCCACCGUGCCGGGAAUGAUGCUAAGAUGACCUGGGAUGCCCUAUACCACACACUUCUUAGAUAUGGUAAUGAGGAUCUGAGUCCUCGUGAACAGCUGGUCUCACACUUUUUCGAUGAAAAAGCUAAGCAGCGGAUGAAAUCUAUGACAACUGGAGAUAUAUCGGCUGGCGAAGAGGGCGAAUGCUUUUCUGAGACGGAUAUGUCUUCCACAGAUCAGAGGCAUAUCCAUAAGGGUACGCAUUCCCGUAGUGGUGCUCUGGAAUUGGACUUCGAUGACAUUUUUAAGGACUCUUGUGAGUCGAAGCAGAGCCCUCCUAUCACAGAGUUUGUUCUAGAAGAUAACGUGGAAACAGAUGAGUGUUUGACGUCAGAAUCCUUAGAAUCUCAUUCACUGCAGAGUAGACAAACGCCGCCUCACCUUGCCAGCGAGCUCUCAAGGUCGAAAUCCUCCUCGUUAGACAUGGAAAGCACCACUUCUCAUGUCAGCAUCAAGGUAUCCAAAAAUUCCCCUCACACAAGAAAGAAGAAUCGAACAGUAGUGGUUACACAUCAAGAUACCGGUAGUCAAGAAUCUAUUCUAGUUUGA